AUGGUAAAUGAUGGAUAUAGAAUAAUUAUUGAUAAAACAACAACUGUUGAAGCAUUAAAUAUGAAAAAAGAUGAUGAUACUCUACGAAUUGUUUAUACCAAAACAAUGGAGUUAUUUUUAGUACCCAUUGUUGAUAAUAAAGAAUAUACUGCAUUAUCCGAGUUGAACGUUCAUUUAAAUCCUCAACAUUCAACUAAUUCUUCACCAGUUGAAAUUAUGGCUAUUGAUACAUUUGUUAUAAAAGCGAUGAUGACAAUCAUGGAGCUCAAUGAGUAUUAUGAAGAAAAAAAAAGUUAA